AUGGGUCUUUCCACCUCGGUCUGCAAUGCCGAUGAUCGUGGCGUGGAUCACGUGGAUGCCGAGACCUUUCCAUUGAAACUCCUCUUGAACGAGGUUGCUGUGAAGACUCCGUCGCAGGUGCAGACUGCAUGGGAUGAGGAGGAGAAAGAACAGUUGCGACGAAAAAACCAUCAGCUGAGACAUGAGAAGAAUUACUGGCGGGACUAUGCCCGUGAACUCGAGAAGGAGAGGAACGAGCUGAGCGAAUCGAGUUUUUUUAGUUCACUGUACAUCAGCUCGCCUUUGACCAAAUGUUCUGAGAAGGUCUACCGACCUGACAUCUACAGCCAUGAUAAGAAGUGGUACAAGACAAACUGCCCAUGCUGUCGACGACCGCUCGAGAUCUCAGUGACAUCCCUGAAGGAGCCUUGGACUUCCAAAGCCUGGACAAAACGCUACUGCUUCGCCACCGCCCUCUGGGGCGCCAAUGCCGGCUACGCCCUGGGGGCCUUGGUGCUGGGGCAGCGCCUCAAGGAACUGUCGCCCAACAUUGAGCGGGUGAUGCUUCAUACGGAUGAUGUGCCAAGCAACUACUUGGAGGCUUUUGAGAAGGACGGGCUGUGGCAACUGCGUCGGGUGGACUACAUCGAUGGAGUGGCAGAUCUCUACGUCAGCAAAGGGAACAUCUUCGAUGGCGUCUUCACGAAGCUCCAGGCUUGGACCUUGGAGGACUUCGCGAAAGUACUCUUGUUGGACCUGGACAUCAUUCCGUUGAAACCCUUGGACGAUCUUUUCAACCUCAGAUGUCCCGCAGCCAUGGUCCGGGGCCAGGGCGAAAACGCUCAUGGAGAAGAGGUGGACGGUAGUCGCUUCUUUGGCGGUGAGGACAACAAGGACUAUCCCUGGGGACAGCAGGGCGGCAUCAACGCGGGGCUCAUCCUCUUACAGCCGGAGGUGGGCAUUUUUGAGCAGAUGAAGAGCGAGGUCACCUGCAAAUGUCAUCCGUGCCAUGUGGCGGGCAACGGACCAGAGCAGGACUACCUCAGCCGCUUUUUCGCUGCACGGAGGGAGUCCCCAUGGCAUCAAAUCAGUGUCGCCUGGAACUACCAGCUGCAUCAAUCUCUCUUCGCCAUCGAGAGGGUCCUGCAGUGGAAAGUCUUCAUGGACAACUCGAAGACAACUCGGGACUUUUCGCAGGCCGACAACGAGUGGCUACCCCAGCGGCUACGAAUGGGCGUAGAGGACAUCGGAGUGGUGCAUUUCAGUGGUGAGGUGAAGAUGUGGCACCGUUUCCUUACGGCGAUUCCGCCCAGCGACGACCGGCGUCGCGAAGUGCACCACGCCGUCGCGCAGAGCGCCGCAGAAACGAGCGACGAGGCCUUUGCGCAGUACCUGCUCACCCAUGGCCGAGGUCAUUCCUUGUGGGUCUCCAAAACAGCGGAGCCUGAGGAGUACCAGGAACACGGCUGCAGACGAGAAGGUCAACAGAUCUUUGUGGGCGAGCAGGACGUCACGGCAGCACUGGAGUGGAUGGUGCAACGUGUGGUGCAGGUGGCAGUGGUCAGCACACAGGUCUGGCGGCAAUGCUACGAGCGUUUGCAGCCCAACCUGGAAGAACUGCUGAAACCAAAGGUACCGGAAGGCUGCUUCGACCUCAAUACUCGAGUCGAGGUAAGCUGGACGAUGGGUCAAGGCGAGGAUCGAGGCAGCCGCAAAACUGUGAGAUGGCUACCAGCACAGGUCCUUGCUGUUCACGAGAACAAGGACUAUGUGGUGAGAUUUCAACGGGGGGGCGAUUGGGGCGACACUGAGCGCCACGUCCAUCCCUCGCGCGUAAGGCUCCCGGAAGUGAACCCAUCCGCGACCGUCGAUGGCACUGAUGGCACCGUGCACGCUGCAGGCAAUGCUGCUUGGCGACUGGGGGCACAUGAGUUCACUGCAGGGAUGUCAUCUUAA